CAACACAAUGACCCCUGGAUACAAAUACAUUUAAAUGUGAUCCACAAUGUGAGCUAAACAUGCCAUGUCUGUGUCACUCUUCGACUAUGGUUCUGACAGGUUUACAUUGAAUUCGGAAUCCUCACACAAAUAUCCUCCAAACGUCAUUCUCGACUAUUUGCAAGUAGCUCAGCUAGAUUUCACAUGAAUCAGUGACAAUCGAGGAGCUUGUAUUGAAUCAAUGUGAUGUGAUGUUAAGAGAUUCGUGGAAACCCAGGAAGGGAUGCGGUGAAGAUUCUGGUGAAAGAGCAAUGAAUAGCACCGAAUAUUCCUCGGUAGCCGAACUAGAGUGAUAUGCGGAAGAUGUUUUGAGAGAACGGGAGUUAGAGUGGAGAGGAGGGCGCAUUGCGUAGAAGGAUGGGUGGGGCUUGGGACACUUGGUUGGAUGGAGCGUUGGGGGCUUUGGAGAACUCCAUGCUGCUGCGAUCGCUGCGGCCGCUUGUGCUGAGUGAACCGGAUGGCAAUGAGGAUGGGGGAGAUUGCAACCAGCAUACGUUGCAGACAUUUGAAGAUCUGGGGCCAUGGGACCGCGCUGGAGUAGAAGUGAAAACCUCGCAGGUCACUGUGGAUGCUUGGCUGAGUGCUUCGACCAGCACAGGGGAGGACAUUCACAGCUUGAAUGAUAGCGUUGGGGGCAAGGGUGCGAAAGAAGAAUUUCACAAGUUGCUGCUGUUCUCUGGGAAUGAUUAUCUUGGAUUGUCCGUCCACCCAGCUGUUCGGCGAGCCGCCGCCGAGGCUGCAGUAGAGUUUGGGAUGGGGCCGAGGGCAUCUCCGUUAGUUUGUGGGUACACUUCUCAUCAUCGGCGCCUGGAAUCUACUCUAGCAGAGCUGAAGGACACCGAGGAAUGCUUGCUGUGCCCUACUGGAUUCUCUGCAAACAUGGCAGUUCUUACAGCAAUUACAAGUGUGGUUCCUGGUAGAAAUGAAGAUAAGGAAUCCCCAGUGGCCAUAUUCUCUGAUGCUUUGAAUCAUGCAUCCAUUGUGGAUGGGGUGCGUGUUUCUCAGCGGCAAAGCAAUGCAGAAGUUUAUAUUUAUAGACACAACGAUAUGAUGCAUCUGCACCAGUUACUGACCAACUGCAAACGGGAGCGGAAGGUGGUAAUCACAGAUAGUCUAUUCAGCAUGGAUGGAGAUUUUGCAUUCAUGAAGGAGUUGUCUGCUCUACGUAAACAACAUGAUUUUCUGUGGAUAAUUGACGAGGCUCAUGGAACGUUGGUAUGUGGAGAGAGUGGGGGAGGAGUGGCAGAGGCUUUUGGAGUACAAGAAUACGUUGACAUCCAUGUUGGAACUUUAAGCAAGGCAAUAGGCUGUCAUGGUGGUUUCAUUGCAUCCAGCCGCAAGUGGAAGCAGUGGAUUCAAACUAGAGGUCGCUCGUUCAUCUUCUCAACAGCUCUUCCGGUCCCUGUCGUUGCUGCUGCGCACGCUGCAAUAAUGGUGGCGAAGAAGGAGAAGUGGCGACAGCACAAGGUGUGGGCCCUCGUUCGACAAUUUUCAGAGGCCACGGGCUUGAUUUUUACGAGCCCUAUUGCUCCUAUAUUAUUUGGAGAUGCCGACGCCGCCUUGGAAGCCAGCAGGGAUGCAUUGUUUUGCAGAAAGUUACUCGCGAAGGGAUUUCAUGUUCCUGCAAUUAGGCCUCCUACUGUCCCUGUUGGAUCUUCACGGCUUCGAAUAACUUUCUCAGCAGGGCAUACUGCAGCUGAUGUGGAGGCUCUUGUCAAAGCGUUAUCUCAUUGGACCAAGACAAAAGGACCGUCCCUCAAUUUUCUUCCUUCUCCUGUUUACUGGUUUCCUGCAUCACUGACAGAUUCUAAAACACUGAAAUUGCUUCUUGGCAAUAACCGUGAAGUGCAAUCCAAAAAAGUUCGUCUGAGACCAAAGCUCUAGCGGAAAGCAGUUGAUUUGGAACGAGCAUUCUCCACAGUGAAGGUGCGAGAACUAGUACCCAGUCUAGAAUAUUAGCUUGAAUUGUGAGCUGGCAGAAAUUUUUGUAGAUGUCGAAGUUCGAACAGUCUUUAAAGGUAGAAUGACUAUUGAAUAAUUGCACUGUAACCACAAAGUGGCUGAGGAUUAACGAUUCGGAUCUAGAUGAGAAUGCCGAAUGUCUUGGAGCAAUUCAGCAGCAUCCGUUGGUUAGUCGUUUCAUCUUUGUUGCCACUACACCCUUCAAGAUUUUUCAAUGAAGUACCCAUUCAGGAUUUCGUGGUUUC